AGUUGUGCUUACUUGUGAUCUGUAAAGUGGGAAAGGGCGUGAAGAAGAAGAAGAUGCAGCAGAGAAAAUCGACGUUCGGAAGGCCUUCUGGAACCGAUGGCUCUGAUUACUCCUACCGUAUGGUAGUUGAUUCAAGGUAUCAACUGGUUGCAAAGGGGAAGAAACGCCUCUCUCUGUUGUUUGUCAUUGAGGCUUUGUUUCUAUUAGUAGGCGUGAUAUUUACAUUUUUACCAGGAAUAGGAGAGGAUACUCCAAAUACAGUUGCCUUUUCUUCUGUUAUUGUUAGUGUCGUUUCACUGAUCUUUGCGGAUAUAGGUCGAAGACGAAGCCGAUCCAGUUUGUUGAGAUUUUAUGCCGUUGUGUCAGCUAUAGCAAUGCUUGUCUUGAUUGUUUCUCUUGCUAAGCAUUAUUCCCUGCUGAAGGCUAUCCAGGAUUUUAGUUUUUGGACAACAAGGAAGUUUGAUGUUCAUGAAUUUCCUGGUUUUCAAGCCGGUUUGCUGCUAUAUAUGCUCUCCUCAUCAUUGUUCAAGAUUUGUACCAUCAAAGCAGUCGUUUCCCUUCUUUUUAAUAUGUCACCUCCUAAGAAAGCCUCUUAGCCCCCCAUCGAUUUUUGUGGCCAAAUCCAAAUUUCUUUCCCCAUUGAUCUAUUUACAACAGAUUGAUCUGUAUGACUGUCAUCUUAUUCGAGAGAUUUUGCGGGAAGCUCAUGCAAGUUUUUGCCCACAAAACUUUUUAAAGACAUUUGUAAUGCAGCAUCCUUUAGAAAGCAAUCAAAGGAUUAACAAAUAUUGCCUCUGGCUCACCCUUUCACGAAGGGAGACGGAUGUUUCAGAAAAUCACCCCAAUUUAAUGUCUUAUUUCUAUUUGUUUACACUCCUGCUUGCUCUACAACCUUGUUGCCUGUAAAAACUCCCGUAAAGAAGUCAAACCAGGGACAAUGGGGAGGUAAGCAUAGCAACAUUGAGCCCACUCUGAGAGUAAGUCCUCUUCUAACAGUUUUUUCUAUUACUUAGAAUAUGAUGGAAGGACGAGCUAAUAUAGCUGCAAAAUUUCACACUCAGUUGAAGACUACGAAGGCCGGACUUCACCUUGGUAGUAUUAUGCAUCCCCCCAUAAGAAUAGGGAAUGAUUCUUCAUCCCCUUGACUUAGAAACAAAAACAAAACAAGUUGAAGAAUUGGAAGGAAAACAAAAACCUUUUAGUAUAAUUAUUAAAGGGUUGAUUUUUUCUACAGUUACUGCAGAUAAGUUAUCUGCAGUAAGUUAAUACGACGUCGUUUUGA